AUGAUCGGUAACCUCGCUGGCGGCGUGCGCGCGGCCCCCGCGCGCUCGAGGGUUGCGCAGGGAAGCACUGCGCAGAGGCCCCGCGCCGGGCGGCGCGCCGGGCGCCUCGUCGUGCGCGCCGAGGAGCAGGAGGCUUCCCCCGCAGCUGAGGCCGCGCCGACGACCUCCGCGGCCUCGCCGCCCGACAGCAGCAGCUCGAGCGGCGGCCUGAUCGCCGGCGUGUCCGCCCUCGCAGGCAUCGGCCUCUUCGCAGCUACCAAGCUGUCCGCGGGCGGCGCCGCGACGCUCGCCACGCUCGAGGCGGCGUCCGUCCCGCUCGACGUCGCGCUCUCGAACGGCAGCCCGACCGUGGUGGAGUUCUACGCCGACUGGUGCAAGGUGUGCAACGAGAUGGCGCCCAUGACGUAUGAAGUUGAGAGCACUUACAAGGACAAGGUGAACUUCGUUAUGCUGAACAUCGACAACUCGAAGUGGUCGGACGAGAUGGCCAAGUUCGGCGUCCCGGGCAUCCCGGAGUUUGUCUUCCUGAACCCCCAGGGCGAGCCGGAGGCGAUUGCGUGGGGCAAGUUGCCGGAGGAGGUUUUGAAGAGCGACGUGGCGGCGCUGGCGCAGGGCGAGGAGCUGCCGUACGCGCGCGUGAAGCGGGGCGAGCAGGCGUCGCCGCUGAGCACCGCGCAGAUGAUCGCCGCGGAGAGGGCGGCGCAGGCGCCGGCGCCGCGGCAGGUGUCGCCGCUCGACCACAGCUGA